CUUAACAAGGUUCAUACUCCUAGCGUCUCCACAAGGUACUACGCUGCGGCCGUCGCCCGAAGGCCGUCGCCCGAACGCCGUGCACCCAAACGCAAUGAGGCCGGGAUGACACGCUCCGGGCUCACAUCCCUCCCCCUCUGUGACUGUUGCGUACUGAACUGUGCACACACAAACAAUCAACAUGGCUCGCCUUCACAUCCAUCCCCUUGGGUUGUUCCUGCUGUUCUUCGGACUGCUGUCUUGGGUUGUGGCGUUGGGCGGCCUCGGAGCUAGCACGAAUGACUGCAUGAACAACAGGCCGCCGGGCGCUAAAGCGGACUACUGCGCUAAUAUGUACCAGACGGAAUGGUGGACCAUUUGGUUCGAAUUCUUCCUGCUGGUGAUCAUGCUGCUGACAUGCUUCACGGCGGCAUUCGAGCGCGCGCGGUACAUCUACCUGACCUACCUGGCCAUGGUGACGGUGCAGCUCACCUACGUGUCUCAGCAGUUCAUCACCAACAGCUUCUCCAUCGGUGGCCUCAGCUUCAACGACUACAAGUCGGAGGCGUACAACGCUGCGGCUGCGGGUGCUGUGCUGCUGUGCAUUACCAACUUCGCUCUGAUCAUCUUCGUUGGCCUGGGCGCCACCGCCGCGCCCGGCACUACGGGCCUGCCCACCUUCACGCCGCUGUCGCUGCAGAUGGGCUCCUCCGCGCCCGUGCCCGCCACCAGCUCGGCGCCCACCACCAUGGAGCAGAAGUACCAGCCCAGCACCUACCAGCCCUCCAACUUCUAGGCGUGCAGCGAGCAGAGGUCGCUUGGGCGAAUAGGAACACAGCAGCAGCUGCAGCGGGCGGAGCUGGCGUUGCAGCAGCUCGAGCAGUAGCAUGCGUUUGCGCAACUGCGGGUUGCGGGUUGCGGCAUGCUGACUGGUAGGGUUGCGCUGCGUGAGGUUGCCGGGACUGCCUUGUGACCGCUUGCCUGGACGUACUGGUGGCGCUCAGCUGCGUCACGGAUGCAGUGGGUUUCAGACGGGUGUCGUUUGUCAAGGGGUCGGGCUUCCCCAGUAGCAGGCGUCCAGCAUGAUGCAAUGCGCGUUUACGUGACCAGUCAACGACGAAUGGGGAGGCGGGCGAAUGUCCGUCGUGUGGGCCGCCUAGGCGAAACGAGUGGUGACCAGCUUUGACAGGCGAUUCUUGAAGCUUGUGCAUGAAAGCAUAUACUUGACUGCGUGCGUGAAUGACUGAUGAUUAUGUCUCUUUACCUGGACACUGUUUCUACACGGGUGAAGGUGCGUUGGUAAUGGUCUGUACUGGCAUGGGUGGCCCUGUUACUUGUUAGUCCAACCUCCAAAGUAGCCAGGCUAUAGCAACAGGCUUACGUGCACUGAACCUCCCUGCACCCCAAGUAGGGAAAGGGAAUGUAAUGAUUGGAA